AUGGAUUUUUUUGGGCUGAGAAGGAGCCAAGCCCGGAGAGACGAGAAGGCGAUGCAUGAGAAGUUUAGGAACAGGGAGCUGAGGGCGGUUGUUGUGUCGUCCUCAAGUCCAGGGGCAGACAAGAUGCUUCUCCUUGGAAUCAAAUGCUUAUUUCAGAAGCAGCUGUCUAGAAUGCCCAAGGAAUACAUCCUCAGACAAGUGUUUGACACAAAGCAUGUCAACAUGGCCCUGGUAAACUCCGCAGAAGAGAUUGUAGGAGGGAUAUGUUAUAGGCCGUUCUUUGAGAGGAACUUUGUAGAGAUCGUGUUUCUGGCUGUCGACUAUGACUUCCAGGUGAAGGGCGUCGGGGGAUUUAUGAUGGACCUGCUCAAGGAAGUUGUUAAGGAGGAGGCUGGAGACUGUAGCUGGAAGUCGGCUGACAGUCUGCUUGGGAUUUAUGAGCACAGGGGCAGAACCAUUGACGACCUCGAUCCGCUUCUGAACAGGACCCUGGAGAAUAGUCCCCUGCCUCUUUACUUGGUGACAUAUGCAGACAACUUUGCGAUAGGAUACUUCAGAAAGCAGGGGUUUUCGACUGAUGUGAGAUUUGGCGGGUGGAUUGGGUUUAUCAAGGACUACGAGGGAGGAACUGUGGUUGAAUGCUGUGUAUCGUGGGAGAUUAACUACCUAAAAAAGCAGGAGAUUAUUGAAAGCAUGAGAAGGAAGCUGUUUGAGGAGAUGAAAGGAAUUAACAACUACCACAUCACUCACAAGAUAGAGGACUACUCACGGAUCAAAGAGAUCGGUGACAUCCCGGGGGUUUCUGGCGUCGAGUGCAUUGUAGAGGAGGAUAGAGGCAUGAGGCUCCAAGCCAGAUUUAUUUCGUAUCUCAUAUCUGAUCUCCAGAGCAAUGCGCAUGCCUGGCCGUUCUUAAGGCCUGUGGACCCGGCAGAGGUUCCUGACUACUACAAGUGCAUAGCCAAGCCUAUGGAUCUAUCCACAAUGGUGCUGAAGCUAAGGAACAACGAGUAUGGGUGCAUAGAAGCAUUUGUGGCGGAUGUCCAUCUGAUGGUGAACAAUUGUUUUGAAUAUAAUGGAAGGGACACGCAGUACUAUAAAUGCGCUCAGGCACUUCUGGACCACUUUAACAAAAAGCUUGAGUUUUAUAGACAUGUUGUUGGCAGGCUUUCGACAAAAAGAGGAGCCGAUUAA